AUGUACACGUGGUCGCGCGUUGCUGUUGACACGGUCAAAGCUCGGGACAAUCCGCGGGCGCGUCAUCUGGGUGAAAUGUACAAGAUCUUGUUUGACAUACAGAUCAGUGAAUGGAGGAGAGAAGAAAAGAGGGGGAGGAGAACAGAAAGGAGAGAGGGAGAGAGGGGAGGGAGAAGAAAUGAGAGAAGAGGUGGAGAGAAAGUUGAGAGAGAAGGAAGCGAGGAGAAGGAAGACAAGAAAGAGAGAAGAGGAAGAAGAAGUGAGAGGAGGAAGAGACAAGAGAAGGAAGACAAGAGAGAGAAGGAGGAGAGAAGACAAGAGUUGAGAGAGAGGAGGAAGAGAGGAAGACAAGAAGUGAGAGAGGAGGAAGAGAGAAAGUUGAGAGAGAAGGAAGACAGGAAGAAGAAGACAGAGAAGUGAGAGGAGGAAGAGAGAAAAGAGAGAGAGAAGGAGAGAGAGAAAAGACAAGAAGUGAGAGAGGAGGAAGAGAGAAAGUUGAGAGAGAAGGAAGAGAGGAGACAAGAAGUGAGAGGAGGAGAGAGAAAGUUGAGAGAGAAGGAAGGAAGAGAGGAAGACAAGAAGUGA